GCCCAAGCAAACCAACUUUGGGACUUUGAAUGAACAUAUUUACAUCAACCUCUCUCUUCAUGUCGACUUUUCUGGAAACAUUCACACGGAUGCCAUGGUUACUCCUACCACGAUCUUACAGGUGAACAAGGUGAUGUCCAUCUUGUUUUAUGUGAUAUUUCUUGCUUAUCUUCGUGGCAUCCAAUCUACCAACAUGGAUCAAAGGAGUUUGCCAGAAGAUUCAAUAAAUUCUCUCAUUAUUAAACUCAUUCAGGCAGACAUUUUGAAAAACAAGCUCUCCAAGCAGAUGGUGGAUAUUAAGGAAAACUAUCAAAACACAAUGCAGAAAACAGAGGCUCAGCAGGACGUGGAUGGAGUUGAAAAUGUGAAAUCAGACUUCCAGCCAGUUAUCUCAAUGGAUGCAGAACUAUUAAGGCAACAAAAACGCUACAAUUCUCCCCGGGUCCUCUUGAGUGACAAUACCCCAUUGGAACCUCCACCUUUGUAUCUUAUGGAAGAUUAUAUUGGAAAUUCUGUAGUGGUGAACAGAACCUCCAGGAGGAAAAGGUAUGCAGAACAUAAGAGCCAUCGAGGGGAAUAUUCUGUAUGUGACAGUGAAAGUUUAUGGGUCACGGACAAAUCAUCCGCUAUUGACAUUAGAGGACACCAGGUAACUGUGCUAGGAGAAAUUAAAACAGGCAACUCUCCCGUCAAACAAUAUUUUUACGAAACAAGGUGUAAAGCAGCCAAACCGGUAAAAAAUGGCUGCCGUGGCAUUGAUGAUAAACACUGGAACUCCCAGUGCAAAACAUCCCAAACGUAUGUAAGAGCACUGACUUCGGAAAACAAUAAACUCGUAGGCUGGCGAUGGAUAAGAAUAGACACAUCCUGCGUGUGCGCGUUGUCGAGAAAAAUAGGAAGAACAUAAGUCUGCAUUUCUUUGCUAUAUAAAUUAUUACUUUAAAUUAUAUGAUAUGCAUGUAGCAUAUAAAUGUUUAUAUGGUUUUAUAUAUUAUAAGUUGACCUUAUUUAUUAAACUUCAGCAAACCUACAGUAUAUAAGCUUUCUCUCUCAAUAAAUAGGAGUAAAAAGGCA